AUGGGACAAGCUGAACUUGCGAACCAGAUGGGCGCCUACUACAGGCGGAGGGCGGAGCUUUGGAUCAGGACGCUGUGCGUAUUUUGCUGUCCAAAUUUCGCUGUGGACAGGUCCAUCUAUGCGCCUGGUGCAAUGUCGCCUGGUGCACCACAACAGGGACAGCCAGCACCAAUGGGCGGCAUGGGAGGGUUUGGCGGCUCCUAUGGGCCAAUGGGCACCCAAGUUGGACAGGCCUAUGAUGGUGCCUUCGGUGGUUCUGCCUCGCAGGUCCAGGCACAGCAGUCUCAGUUGGCCAAUCAGCUGGGAGGAUUCUACCGGUCGCAGUACGUGACGCCACAGGUGGAGGCGCAGGUGCGCGCGCAGCAGGCCGCGCAGGCGCAGCAAGCAGCGCAGGCAGCGCAGGCAGCGAAGGCAGCGCAGGCGUCUCCCAAGGAUUCCAAGGCCCCAGAGGUCUUGGUGGCAGCAGAGCCUGCAGCGCCAACUCCUGCGCCGGUGCCGCAGAAUGCCGCGGAUUGCACCACAAUGAAGGAGCUCAAGGAGUGGUUCACAGCAAGGUCGGACACUGUGAAGAAGUACGUUCCCAAGGACUACCAGACCUAUGCCAUGAAGUCCAUCGAGAGUGACUUUGACACCAACAAGAAGAGACUGGAAGACGGUGGGAAGGCUCCAUCCGCUCCUGUCAAGGGACCCUUGAUGUUGGAUGCCACUGACAAGGACACUGGAAGCAUGUUGGAUCAAUUCAAGCAGAAGGUGUCCGAGGACACGAAGGAAGCUGAGAAAACAGCUGGUAACUGGAUCGACGAGGUUUCCCAAACCUUGAAGAACGGCUUCAACUCAGCAGCCAAUGCCGUGGAAGGCAAGGCAGAUAAGACUGCUGAUGAGGUCAAAAAGAAGGUUGAGGACAUCAAGGAGAAGCACGAGAAGGAUGAUGCUGCCCCAGAGAAAUUGCUAGCUCAGGAGAAAGGCACCUCUCCCGUCCUUGUCUUGUUGCCCUGCCUCGGUCUGGGUGUGGCCGCUGGCGUCUAUCUCCGACGCAGGGCUUCUGAGGAUGACGAGCUGGCACCGGUCUACCACAUGCAGGUGUGA